UUCCAUUCAUUUAAACAUCUAUACAUCAUUAUUUAUUUGUGAAUUUCUCUUCAGAGCGUUAGAUGAAAGAGCCUAGCUUAAGCUCUCUAGCGUUGCAACCUGCUAGAGUAUACACCACUUCAAAUCUGAACAUGGCUGACUAUUUCGAUUCCUCGGGAAAGAAGUCUAAUUCUAUUGUGGUAAGUGGACGAGCUGUGCGAGUGUUGGAGCCCGAUGUGUGCGACAUGCAGAUUGUACUGGAAUGUAAGCCGAAAAUGACAGCCCAGGAGGCGAAAGACAGUGUGAUCAGAAGAGAGGAUUACGUUAAGCAAGUUCUCGCUAACUUCUUCUGUAGGGAGUCGGACAUCGAAAUUACGCAUAUGUUGCAACCUACAUCUGUUACCUCGAAAGACAAACCAGAAACACAGUAUAUCUUCAAGAGUGAAUUUUGGGUGAAGAUGAGGCGAAGCAGCUCUUCGGUGGGCGGUGAAGGUGGUGGUAGUCUAGUGGGAAGGGCGAGUGAUGUGCACAAUGUGUUGAUGGAGAAAGUGGGGCCCGACUUCGUGAGUGUCUCCUCUCCCCUCGUCUUCUCACACUCGAACGAACUAAUGCAGAAAGUACGCAGCGAAGUAAGCUCAGCGGCUGUGCUCGAUGCCAAAAAGAAAGCUCUGCAUGUCGUGAAGAAUCUCAGUCAAGAGAACAGAUCAACUAUUAAACUGGCUAAUCACGGACUACCGAGCUCAAUAUCAGAAAACGACUUCUCAGAAAAAGUCGACAAAGUUGUGGAUUCGGCGAAUAAGUCCUGGUCGGAGUUGCACCGACGAGCGAGUUGCCGAAUUGAAGCCGAGUUUCUGUGCACUUUCGAUCUGAAGUUGUCGACCAGCAAAGCGAAACUAAAUUCAGCCGGGCUGAAAUAAGUCAUCAACCCAAAAAAAUAUGAUAAGAAUGUCAUCUGUUGAUUUGUGAAAUAAUGUAAAAAUGUAAAUUGCCUAUUUUUAUUAGACGUAGCUUCUAUCUGCCGAAAAUUUAACUAAUUUACAUGUUAGUCUAACU